GCGAUGUAUCUCUUGGGAAGAGGAUGCCGAUAUGAACACUACCUCAAACACAUGCGAACAUGUCUAAAUCGUAAAACUGGGAAAACUGCAGCUUUAGUUUGUUUGUUAUUGUUGGUGGUCGCUACCUUAUUUGUCCGUUUGCUUUAUGUCCAGUCGUAUCUCGACCACGUCCAAUCCAUCUUAAACAAUGUACGGAAGUAUGAACACAACAUCUACCGUCGAAUUCAUUACAUACGACGGCCGCACUAUAUUAGUUCUGACGUCUUCGAAGGAUGCCAAUACAGCUGUUAUUUUACUGAGAGUGACACUUUGGAAGAUGAUACGGACAACCUAAUCGUCAUAUGGCGAGAUUUACCGGAUGUUGCUCCGCCAAAGCCAAGAAAUCAGAUUUGGGUGUAUCACAGCAUGGAGCCGCCGCCACUUCAUGGAAAAUCGUAUGCGUCAUGGAAGAAACUUUUCAAUUGGACGAUUUCAUAUAGAAGAGAUUCUGAUAUAUAUAGUCCAUAUGGUAUUAUUGAAAAAAAGGAAAAUAUCGAUAAAAAUAUCACGUCGCAAAAUUUAAGUAUCAAUUGGGAUGCAAAGACAAAAGACGUUGUAUGGUUUGUUUCAAAUUGCAAGAGUUUCAGCAUGCGUUACGAAUAUGCGGUGGCGUUAAAUAAAACUGUUGAUGUAGAUAUGUUUGGACAGUGUGGUGAUCAAAAGUGUGACGAAAAAUGGCCAAUAUGUGCUAAAAAAUUACAAUCUAUUUAUAGAUAUUAUCUCUCAUUUGAAAAUUCGUUAUGUCGAGACUACAUCACAGAAAAGAGCUUCAAAAUAUAUGAGAGUCUCUUUGAUGCUAUUCCAAUUGUCAGGAAUGGUGCCUUUUUGAAUCACUACCUUCCUCCAGGGUCUUAUAUUUCUACAAAAGAUUUCCAUUCUGUGGAAUAUCUAGGAAACUUUUUGAAAGUUUUGGAGAAUACUAAAAAAAACACCGAGUACGUAUUUUAAUUGGCGCAAGCAUUACGUUGCCAGGGAUAUGAUCCAGUCAAAUGAAACAUUUUGUGAAUUGUGUCGUCGUAGUCAUACAGACAAAAAGUAUCAGAAAGUGUAUAAUGAUUUUGAAACAUGGUUAAGGGGAGGAGAAGACAAUUCCUUUUGUUUACCUGUCGCUGAUAUUCAAUGAAAUGAUCUCUAGUACGAUAUAUCAAAAACCACAUGCUGUGAUGUUAUAAGUUACGAUGAAAUGACAGUUUUUCAAUUAAAUAUGCUUAAAUUUUUAAAGCGCCAGUUUUGUUGUCUUAAGAUAAAAGUGACGAUUUGUCAGCUUUCGUCGUCCGCUGUUUCAUUGUACAGUGUUUUCAGUGUCGUAAGAUAAAAGUGACGAUUUGUCAGCUUUCGUCGUCCGCUGUAUCAUCGUACAGUAGUUUCAGUGUCGUAAGAUAAAAGUGACGAUUUGUCAGCUUUCGUCGUUCGCUGUGUCAUCGUACAGUAGUUUCAGUGUCGUAAGAUAAAAGUCUUAAUGAGCCACUGGUUCGAUGGAACUAAAAUUUGUACCGAAUUUCUUUCUCUGGAUAAUUAAUGUUCUUGUCUGAAUUACGUCGUUGUUCAUGGAAUUUUAUGUGAAUACUAAAGAAGGUAAUUCCGAAUGCUGUUUUUGUUUGUUUUUCUUUUGAUAUUUAUUGAGCUAUUUUUCAAAAUGUCCCUUUUUUUUUAUCUCUUAGCUGUUGACGAGACUUCUUGUUAUCGUAUUUUCUUUCACAAUAUUAGAAAUAAAUACAUAUUUUGUGAUCUGCAACUCGUUCUCUUUCAAUUCAUGUAAUGUCGCGUUCAGUGACCUAUAUGCAAUUAAAACGCAGGAUUCGGUUAAAUCAGAAAAAGAGUUAGCAUUAAUGAAGCUAUCUAUUUAUUUAUAUAUUAUCUGCAUUUUAUUUAGCCUAAUGGCAUGUUUUGAUUUGAAGAAUGUUGUUAAAUAGUGUGAUAUGAAGUUAUGUCGUCCAAUAACAUCUCUGCCAUAGUUUAAGUUCGCUGUUGGAUCCUAUGACAGGGACUAAUGAAUUGAGUUGAACUUGAGACAAACCUAACGAACACUUCAAGGAAAAUUGGUCUAAAAAAGCACAAUUUGUUAAUGCUUUAGCUACUUUAACUUAUUCUUUUAUUGAAUUGUUUUUCAAGCUGUACUAGAUCAUAAGUUAAUAACCCGUUAUGUCAGCUUAUGUGUAUAUAAAUGUAUAUUUUAUAUAAAAAGUGUUUUUAAAUUAUAAAAUUUGAAGACGUGUCUUUUGCACCUCUCCA